CGGAUCUGGGUUAUCGUCAAUUACACAGCAAAUUGCUACAUUUCAGCACUUUUUAUCAACAACAGCAUCUGUUUAUUGUUGUUGAAUCCUACUAAUUCUUGUUGGACUAUUUAUAAUUAUCUUUGUUGUUCCUAUUGUUUAUUUAACGUAUAUCUCGGUCAUCUGCACACUACACAGCCAUGGUUCCCAAUCCCACCACAGGAUGGGAGCGACUGCAGGAUGUUUUUUACCGGAAGCGAGCAGAGUACUCGAUGAUGUGGAUUGACGACGUGGAUCUCUCCGAGUUCAUCGUCGUCGGCGCCCCUUACGGUGGUGCCAUAGCUCUUGUCAGAGAUACAUCGAGACCGAUGGCUUAUCGCGGCCCCGAGGGUCGGCAAAAGAUGAUUCUGAUAUACAGCAAUUCUGGCCAACUGAUUUCCAACAUCCCGUGGGACAAAGGAACGAUUAGAGGUGUGGGCUGGACAGACGAAGAGCAGCUUCUGAUUGUGAUUGAAGACGGCACGGUGCGAGUAUACAACGAUUUCUACGGCGGCUUUACACAAUUCUCCCUCGGCAAAGAAGCCGAAGACCACACAGUCUCCGAUUGUAAAUUCUGGGGCUCGGGUUUUGUUGCAAGACUAGGCAACGGCAGAUUCGUCUCUGUCGCCCGUCUCGACGAACCGAGACCGCGGAUGCUUGCCGACCUCAGCACCACCGCCCUCGAGAUUCACGGAUGGGCGCUCAUGUCGCCUUUGCAAACCCUCAGCAGACACAUUGAAGUUCUUGUCGGAUUCAACAAGACCGUCAGCGUGAUUGACUCGAUCGAGUCUCAAGACCGGAUGCUGGAGGAAGGCCCGUUCUCGCACAUCGCCGUCUCUCCGAACGGCGCGCUUCUCGCCCUCUACACCACAUACGGCAAAGUUUACGUCAUCUCAUCCGAUUUCCAGAAAAAGUACUCCGAAUACGACACAGGCACUCUCGACAGUCCGCUGCAAGUUGUGUGGUGCGCAAACGACUCCGUGGCAGUGGCAUGGGAGAGCGAGAUCCGUCUCGUUGGGCCCGGCGGAGGGUCGCUUAGUUUUUACUACGAGAGCCGGAUCGCGCUCAUUCCAGAGCCGGACGGAAUCCGUAUCGUGAGUGCCGAGCGAUGCGAGUUUCUGACGCGUGUGCCAGAAGUCGUUGUCGACAUGUUCCGCAUCGGAUCGACGGCGCCUUCUGCUAUCCUUCUGGACGCGGUCGAGCAGCUCGAGUUCAAAUCUCCUAAAGCAGACGACAACAUCCAGCUGAUCCGGUCGAGCCUGACGGAGGCCGUAGAUUCUUGCAUCAAGGCCGCGAGCUACGAGCCCGAGCCAUACUGGCAAAAGCGGCUGCUGAAAGCUGCCUUGCUGGGUAAAUCCGUACUCGAGCUGUAUUCAUCAGAUGAAUACGUCGAGAUGUGCGAGAUCCUGCGCGUGCUGAACGCCGUGCGGUACUACGAAGCUGGCAUCCUGAUCAGCUACGAGCAGUUCAUCCGUCUGACCCCGGAGCGAUUGAUUGACCGACUGCUGAACCGGCAAAGAUUUCUGCUCGCGCUGCGGCUGUCGUCGUACUUGCGUUUACCGGUCGAUAAAGUCUACGUGCGCUGGGCAUGCAACAAGGUCAAGUCGUCGACGGACGACGACGCCGCGAUAUGCAAGACGAUUGUCAACAGACUCAAGCCGAUCCCUUCUGUGUCGUAUGACGAGAUCGCACGGACGGCCUACGACGAAGGCCGCACGAAGCUGGCUACUCUGCUUCUAAACCACGAGCCGCGCGCGGGACGGCAGGUGCCCUUGCUACUCGAUAUGGAAGAAGACGAGAUUGCGCUGGUGAAGGCGGUCGAGAGUGGAGAUCCAGAUUUGAUUUACUACGUGCUGCUGCACUUGAAGGGCAAGUAUUCACUCGCGCAGUUUUUCCGGCUCGUGAACGACAAGCCUGUCGCGUCGGCGGUGGUCGAGCAGCUCGCGCGCGACGACGGACCAGAGCUGCUCAAGGACUUUUACUACCAGGACGAUCGCAGGGCCGAUAGUGCGCUUGUGAUUUACCGGGAGUCGCUCUUACUGGACGAUAUCCAGGACCGUGAGGACAAGAUCAAGCUGGGAAUGAAGAUCUUUCAGGACUCGAAGGACAGCUACUCGGACGCGAAGGCGAUGGAGGAGCACGCGAAGCUGUACGACUGGCAGGUUACUUUUGAGAAGGACUAUAAGCAGAUGUUUAUCGGAUUGACGGUGGCGGAGACGAUCAAGAAGCUGUUCAAGAUCGGACAGAGCUCGAAGGCGUCGAAGAUGAAGAGCGAGUUCAAGGUGCCGGAGAAGAUGUUUGUGUUUUUAAAGGAGGGCACGUACCCGGUGGCGAAGAAGAGCUGAUAGCAGUAGAAUAACUGAUCUCUAAUGAAUGAAUUGUUGCCAUAAAUCUGUAUCUUUGUCUUAUCACCGGCCUCGUGGCAGAUCCGCGAAGGUG